AUGGCCCAGCCUCCCGCGUCUCAGGACGGCCCUGUGCCGAACUUUGAAAAUAUCCCUACGGCGAUGUACAAGCAGGAACCCCCUGCGCCCGGCGCCGACUUCCGCCUGGCGAUUGUGGGUGCCGGCAACAUCAACUUUGGCUCGGACGAGGGCCCGUGGAACCACUCGUUCCGCCUCGAGCACAAGCUCGGUCCGCGUCUGAAGGUCGUUGCGCUGAUUGAUCCCGCGGCGGAGCGUGCCAAGGAGGUGCUCGAGAUGAAGCGCAACUCGUUCGUGCUGAGCGCCUACAAGGACACGGUGAUCUACAGCUCGAUCGAGGAGUACCUCGCGGCUGUCACUCCCGAGACGGAGCCCCACGCGAUGUGGGUCGGCUCGCCGCCCGCGUUCCGUGGCCGUCUGGAGGCCGGCCGCAACCUCGAGGUGCUGGUCAGCGACCGCCUGCCCAAGACGGGCAUGUUUGUCGAGAAGCCCGUCACCACCGGCCCGGUGAGCGAGGUCGCGGCGGUCGCGCGCCACAUCAAGGAGCGCGGCAACGUGGUGUCGGUCGGCUACAUGCUGCGCUACCUCAAGGUCGUGCAAAAGAUGAAGCAGAUCAUCGCCGAGAACCACCUGACGGUGACGGCGGUCAACGGCCGCUACAUUAUGGCUUACGAGUACCUCGCCAAGCUCUGGUGGUGGGACAAAAAGCACAGUCUCGGCCCGGUCAUCGAGCAGGCGACGCACUUUUGCGACCUCGCGCGCUACUUUGGUGGCGAGGUCGACCUCAGCACCGUGUUUGCGCACUCGCUCGAGCACAACGAGGCUGCUGGCAAGCUCAGCAAGAUGCCCGUGAACGAGGACGAGGUCCCGCCGGAGGACCGCAUCCCGCGCGUGACCAGCGCGACGUGGAAGUACGAGUCGGGCGCCGUCGGCUCGCUUAUGCACUGCGUCGCUCUCCACGGCCAGGACUUUUUCACGCAGCUCGACGUGUUCGCCGAUGGCUACUACCUGCGUCUCGUGGACCCGUACAACGCGCCGGCGCUGUACGUGCGCCGCCCCGGCGACGACCACGAGGAGGUGUUCAAGUACCAGGACGACGACCCCUUCUUCUCGGAGGUGUCCAACAUGAUUGACUGCGUCGAGCAGGGCCCGGAAGCCGCGCCGAUCCUCUCGAGCUACGAGGACGCGGUGCGCACCUAUGCACUCACGUGGGCCAUCCGCCUCGCCAGCGAGCACCGCCUGGACGAGGUGGCCCAGCUGCAGAAGGACCUCAAGCUCUAG